AUGGGCUCCUCGCUCUACGGCGACAUCAAUAAACCCAAAACCGGUCUUGCCAUUGUCCUGCCCCCCAACCAAACCCAACCCCAAUACUCAUACCCAUCGCCAUUACCAUCGCCAUAUCCAUACCCGCAAUUCUUCCACACCGAUCCCGCCUGUUCCACCUUCAUCUCCGCCGCCAUGAACAUCAACGGCUCCAUCACCACCCGCCACUCGCUUCCGUUCAAAUCCUCCUCUUCUACUGCUGCUGCCUCCAACUCUUCUUCUACAGCUCCAGAUUCUACCUCCCAACUCUCCCGCAACCCAGCUCUCCCGUCGUCCUCCUCCUCAUCCUCCCCCUCCUCCUGCACACCACUGAUGAUGAACCCUUCGCGCAAACGGUCGCUUGACGACUACACCUCCGUAUUCGACGACCAGAUCCACGAUAGCGGCAUUGGCUCUUCUACCACCACUUCCAGCGCAUCCACGGCCGUCGAUGAAUACCAGACCGGAUCCUGGUACGAAAACAACUCAUCGCAACAACCUCCUAACCACAGAUCCUCAAAUACCAGCAGGCCAUGCCUACCCAGCCGCAAAUCGCAACGCCUAGACAUCUCUGCCACAGCAACAGCGACAAUGCAAACAGAACUGCACUCUUCUCCCCAAUCUUCCCCUUCAACCACCACUGCCAACAUCAACAACCCCAUCCAAAAUGGCUACACCCCGCGCCUCCUAAAUCGCCAAACUUCCUCCUCCUCCCUCCAUCCCUCCCACACCAAUCACCCAAAUCACCACGAAGAACCAACCCUGGACCUCGACCCCAUCACCCACCUCCUGGGAAUAAGCUGGCAGCGCGUCACACGCACAGACUCCGACGUCGCAGCUGCCCUGAGAGGUUGGGAACGCUAUAUCGAAAACCACUACCGUGGCUACGGAGUCGGUGAGCACGUGGAGAUCCUGUUGACGCAUAAGGGUCUUGGGGCGUUUUUGGUCGUGGGGACGUCUACGGUUUCUGCUUCGAGGCUGCCAUCAUCGAAGGGCGCUGUGGUAAACAGCUACCAUCAUCAUCAUCAUAAUGACGUAAGCUGUGUAAACGGCGUGAGCGACGUGACGACAACGCGCUUCUACCUCUUUACGGAAGAUUUAUCUGAAGCACGCCUCGUGGGCGGGGAUUGGGAGGAGUGCUUGGAUAAUUUGCGCAUGGCGCCUGUGCGGUAUGUGGAGGGCUCGGAGGUGUUGAGGGCUGCGGAGAGGUCGGGUGAGAGGGAUAGGGAUGGGGAUGUAGAAGUUGAGGCGGAGAGGGAGAGGGAGAGGGGUGAUAAGGGAAUGCUUGUUAGGUGUUUGAAGGGUCGUGCUGACGUUGGCCGUGGUCGGGAGGAGGUGGGGUGGAAUAGGAAUGGGAAUCGGUGUGGAAGUGAAGGGGGGGACGCGCGGGGUAUGGAUAUGGAUAUGGGGAUGGGGAUGGAUAUUGAUUAA